UCAAUAAAUACAAACACCAAUUCACCAACCACACCAUAUCUCACCUCUUCAUCUUCCCUCUAACCUUUCUGAGUUAAAGUACAACUUUCCUUGCACAAGUUACAACUCACAAGUCUCUGCCUUCACAGCCUUAGUUCUCUCUUUAAGGUUAUGGCAAAUGAUAACUUGAAAGUGCUAAAUGCACUUGAUGUAGCCAAAACUCAACUGUAUCAUUUCACUGCAAUUGUAAUCGCCGGGAUGGGUUUCUUCACCGACGCGUACGAUCUUUUCUGCAUCUCGCUAGUCACGAAGUUGCUAGGCCGCAUUUACUACCACGAAACCGGUGACGGGAAACCGGGGACACUGCCGCCAAACGUGUCAGCCGCAGUCAACGGGGUCGCCUUUUGUGGCACCCUCGCGGGCCAACUUUUUUUCGGCUGGCUCGGAGACAAAAUGGGCCGAAAAAAAGUUUAUGGGAUGACCCUUAUGCUUAUGGUCAUUUGUUCAAUCGCCUCUGGGCUUUCGUUUAGCAACGAGCCCACCGCGGUUAUGGCCACUCUUUGCUUCUUCCGGUUUUGGCUUGGGUUUGGGAUAGGUGGUGAUUACCCUCUUUCGGCCACGAUCAUGUCGGAAUACGCGAAUAAGAAAACCCGAGGCGCGUUUAUAGCGGCGGUGUUUGCUAUGCAAGGGUUUGGAAUUUUGACUGGUGGGAUGGUGGCUUGUAUAGUUUCGGCCGCAUUCAAGUCGAAAUACCCGGCUCCGGCUUACGAGGAUAAUCCGUUAGGGUCCACGGUCCCACAAGCCGACUAUGUCUGGCGCAUUAUUUUAAUGUUCGGGUCGGUUCCGGCUCUAAUGACUUACUAUUGGCGGAUGAAGAUGCCAGAAACGGCUCGGUACACGGCUUUGGUGGCCAAAAACGCGAAACAAGCGGCUGCCGAUAUGUCGAAAGUGUUACAAGUCGAGCUCGAAGCCGAACAAGAAAAGGUGGCCGAAAAACAACAUAACCAGUUUGGGCUUUUUUCAAAGCAAUUCGUGAAACGCCACGGGCUACACUUGCUCGGGACAACUAGCACGUGGUUCUUGCUCGAUAUCGCGUUUUACAGCCAAAACUUAUUCCAAAAGGACAUCUUUAGCGCGAUCGGGUGGAUCCCGCCAGCAAAAACAAUGAACGCGAUCCAAGAGGUUUUCAAGAUCUCGCGAGCUCAAACGCUCAUUGCGCUUUGUAGUACCGUCCCAGGAUACUGGUUCACGGUAUUCUUCAUCGAUAGAAUCGGGAGAUUCGCGAUCCAACUAAUGGGUUUUUUCUUUAUGACGGUUUUCAUGUUCGCCCUUGCGAUCCCAUACCAUCAUUGGACACAAAAGGAGAACCGAAUCGGGUUUGUUGUAAUGUACGCUUUCACGUUCUUCUUUGCAAAUUUCGGACCUAACGCGACUACAUUUGUAGUCCCUGCCGAGAUAUUCCCCGCAAGGCUUCGGUCAACGUGCCAUGGGAUCUCGGCUGCUUCGGGUAAGGCGGGGGCUAUAAUUGGUGCUUUCGGGUUCUUAUAUGCGGCUCAAAACCAAGACAAAACAAAGACAGAUAAAGGGUAUCCCCCGGGGAUCGGGGUCAAGAACUCACUUAUCGUACUCGGGGUGGUGAAUUUUCUCGGGAUUUUGUUUACGUUCUUGGUGCCCGAAUCGAAUGGCAAGUCUUUGGAGGAAAUGUCGAGGGAAAACGAAGAUGAGGACGAGGAGGGAGUCGAUAUGGAGACCGUUAGGACUAGUGAAAAUAGAACAGUCCCGGUUUAAGAUAGGGGUAAUUUCAUAUAUACCUCUAUGGAUAGUGCGUUUUUUAAUGGUUAAAUAUUAUUAUAAAACUAAGAGAUUCAAAACGAGACUAUGAAGGAGUACGAGGAAAUACGUUUAUUUAGUAGGAACAUGAUGUCUUACUAUUUUUCCUUGUAGCAAACAAGCCAAAAGUGUCGAUAUAUGUUUCUUUCGGUUUGUAUCUUAUGAUUUGGUUUUACAU